GGCCAUCACCACCGGAGCAAUCCGGAGCCAGCCCCCAUAAAAUGGCUCAGAGGAAAGAGAGACGAAAAGAAGAAGAGCGGCAGAAGGAGAAGCGCAGCCACUCUCACCGUUGCUUUGCUCCCUUCUUCCAAGCAGCAAACCUUUGAAGAACUCUUCGGCGUUUGAGCUCUUUGGUUGUCUCGGUACCUCAGGAAUGGUUGGGCUAUCUCUUGGGGAAAAGCAUUUCAUACAGGGCGGCAUUGCUCAAGACCUGCGUUCUGAUGGCCGAAACCGACUAACAUUUCGUCCCAUUUCUGUUGAAACUGGAGUUAUUCCUCAGGCCAAUGGUUCUGCGAGGGUGCAGAUUGGUGCAACAGAUGUUAUUGCAAGCGUGAAGGCUGAACUUGGAAAACCAAGCGCAUUGCAACCUGACAAAGGCAAAGUUUCCAUAUAUGUUGAUUGCAGCCCCACAGCAGCACCAAUUUUUGAGGGCUGGGGAGGUGAAGAGUUGUCAGCAGAAUUGUCAUUGGCUCUUCAGCGAUGUCUUUUAGGUGGCAAAAGUGGAGCAGGAGCUGGAAUUGAUCUCUCGUCCCUCUCAAUUAUUGAAGGAAAGAUUUGUUGGGAUCUCUAUAUUGAUGGCUUAGUCGUUAGCCAAGAUGGAAAUAUUCUAGAUGCCUUGGGUGCUGCCAUCAAGGCUGCUUUGAGCAAUACUGGGAUCCCUAAAGUCAAUUUUACUGCCAAUUCUGCUUCUGAUGAACAGCCAGAGGUCGAUGUAAGUGAUGAGGAAUUUUUACAGUUCGACACAUCUGGGGUCCCUGUAAUAGUUACACUAACAAAGGUGGGUAGACACUACAUUGUUGAUGCAACAUCAGAAGAGGAAUCCCAAAUGAGCUCUGCUGUCUCUGUUUCUAUAAAUAGGCAAGGGCAUAUAUGCGGGCUGACUAAACGUGGUGGUGCAGGCCUAGACCCGAGUGUCAUUCUCGACAUGGUAUCUGUCGGUAAACAUGUAAGCGAGCAGCUGAUAAACAAAUUGGAUUCUGAGAUAUCUGCAGCAGAAGCUUGUGAAGAGGAAUCAUGACAUCGUUAGCUUCAGGGACUUCAUACUUAUGCAGAAAGUUGUAAGCUAAAUUCCAUGGUUUGUUUCAAGCUAAGCUAAUUGAUUUGCAUGAUGCUUAUUAGGCCUGCUAGUUCCAUGAUUUAGUGUUGAAGACAUGGAGCAACCUUAGUAGCAGUAAUUUCAUAGAUUUGAGAGUUUUGUUCUCAUCUCUAAUGCAUUGGACAUGAUCAGUAACUGAGGCAUUGACGACCUAGUCUGUGCUUUGACAACAUGUCCAGAUUGAGUCCCGGAACCAUGCUCUGUUCUUCUCA